UUUUGCCCGGAACGUCGAUUCUCCUGUUCCUUACACAUUUUUUUCAGAUAUAGUCUGGCAUGUCAUGGAUGGAUCUUUGUGUAGUUGCCUCGAGCCCCUCUAAUCUGUUUGGUAAUUUGCCCGUGGACAGUUCGUCUCCUUUCUCUCCCUGUUUCUGACUCCUGAGUUGAAGUGCUUUCACAGUUGAGUCAUUUGUGCAACUUAGUGUUUGAUUCCAGUUUGUGAGAUAUUCUUUCCGUGUCGGUAGAAUCUGGCAGAGCACACUCUGCUCAGAUCGCUGGCUGGGUUGGAGCUACGCAGUGGGUUUGCUGACUUGGAGGUAACUUAUUUUCCAGUCCCAUUUUAUCAAAGUGAAGAAGUAACUGAAGUGCCGGAAGUAUGUCAGAGGCACCAGUGUGUGGUGAGAAAAUGAAGCUUUCUGAGUAUUUUGCACGAAUUGGCUACACACGACCUUCCUACAACACUGACCUGGAGACACUAAGCAUAAUACUUGAAAAACAUGUCACAUCUAUUCCCUAUGAAAAUCUCAGUCCACACUGUGGAGAAACAAUUGAGCUCAACAUGGAAGCGAUCUUUAAUAAAAUGGUGAGGAAGCAUCGAGGUGGCUGCUGUGUGGAACAUAAUGCAUUAUUCUGGUGGGUACUAAAGGAGAUGGGGUACGAAGUGAUGUUUAUACCAGUAAGAGUGUACAAACCAGCAAAGGAUAGUUAUGAAUCCUACCCAUCUCAUUGUGUCCUCAUAAUCACCAUUGAUUCCAAGCAUUACAUGGCUGAUGUGGGCUUUGUUUCAUCCAACCAAAUGCGACAACCCCUGGAGCUGGUAUCAGGCAAAGAGCAGACUCAGUUUCCAGGUACAUACCGUCUGACUGAAGAUAACAAUAUCUGGUAUAUGGAGAAAACUGUAAGAAAAAUUCACAUUGAAGGUCAAAGCACUAACAGUGAGUCUCUGCAGAACCAACGUUCCUACCAAAAACUCUUUUGCUUUGACCUCAAAUCUUGUAGAAUUGAGGAUUUUCAAGACAAAUUAACCUACUUAAUAACAACUCCUGGGGCCAUAUUUAAAGAAUUAUCCUUUGUUUGCUAUCAAACCCAGAAUGGCAUAAAAACUCUGAAGGGUACAACCUACACUGAACAGAUCUAUAAUGGGAAAGAUGGGAAGGACCUGAGAACCUCCGUAACUCUGACUGAAGAGGAAUUACAACAUGCAAUCAAGGAGACAUUCAACUUGGUUUUGGACAAGAAGAUAACACCUGUGAAUAAUUUUACUUGUUUCCUGAUUGAAUAACAUCAGAUAAUAAUCUCCAGCAUCAUAUUUCUCUUCUGAAUGUUAAUGCAUUAUAGGAGUUCAGAUCUGUCAAAUUUACCAAUUUCAUUGGGGAAUAAAUCAGUAAUUUUAUUAGGACUUGUACAAUGAUAUCAUGCAUGAAAAAUCAAUUUAUAGAUUUAAAGAUUAAUCAUUUUAUAGUUAAAUGAUGGCAAUUUAUAGAUUUACCUUUUAUUUUAUUAGGGUGAAGUGAAAUUAGUUUACUGGUUUCAAUGGGUGCUGCUCUCCAAUGUAUUGAUGACAUAAAAUGCAAACUACUCAUCCACAAUCUCAUCAACUAAUUAAAAGCCUUGGACUUUGUUUUUUCAGAGAAAAAUAAUUUUAAAAUAAGCUGGGACAUAAAAUGAUUACUAACCUGAAAAUUUACUAAGGGAUUUCUAAAUAGCAUUAUCUAAAGCAGCUUGAAAAGGUUAUCUCGGGGUAAAUACCUGAACAUGAAUAUUAAUCAACUAGAAGGUAUAGCCGACAUUGAGAUCUUCAAGUAUCUCUGGUGAUGAAGCUUUUCGAAUACCUUUCAUUGCUGAAACAAAAAUUUAAAUCUGAAAUGUCCUCCAGGGGAGGAUUUCUAUAGCAAAGAACAACACGGGGAUAUCUGAGAAUGAGCCAUCAAAAUUCUCUGGAAAAAAAUUGAUUGUCGUCUUUGUGACCCAACAGCCAGGUACAAAAACCUCCUGUGAGAAGCCAUCUUUAUAAACCUGCUGGUAUUGCUCCAGGGGAGAAAAAGACAGCCAAAAGCUUGGAGUAGUAUGCAGUAACAUCAGGAAGAAGGAAUUUCUGUGGUGACUGCUUCUGCAAAAAGUGAUCAUUUCUGAGAGAGAGUUGAUGGCAAACCAAGAGAUUUCCACAUUUUUAAAAGCUGACAUAGAACUGUUUCCAGAUGAACCACCAGUUCGGCAUUUAAUUCCUUCAUUUUUUAAAAAAAGAACUUUUUUUUAAACCCCUAUUCAACCUUUACCCCACCUUGUGCAAUUUGAUACAGUUAUACCUUUCGCUGAGGAUCUUAACAAAUAAAUUUAAA